AUGAAUUCACCGCAUUUAAGUUCCAAUUUUCCUUCGGAUAUGGAUAACAGCAUAUCAACUUUACAUACUUCUGAACCCGAUUCCUAUGCUCCUAAUCUCUUUGACCCUAAUAGAAUUGUGAGAUCGCGGCGAAAUACUUUUGCUUAUGGCGAUUUUGACUCUUCUCAACCACCAAACGUGUCACUUCAACCUACUAUUAUUGGCUCUGGCUCUACUAACAGUCAUGCUGACAGUCAUACUAACAGUCAUGCUGACAGUCAUACUAACAGUCAUGCUGACAGUCAUACUAACAGCUAUACUGACAGUCAUUGUGAACUGGUUCCUUAUUCAAAAGAAUGGACCGUUAUAAUGCGUAGUGAAAACGCUGGUCAACUUGUUCUUUACAAUACGACUAAUCGUCGCGUAUCAGUUCGCCGGCUAAAUAAUCCAUCUAAUCAGGCUCUGUCUUCUCCUCAUAUGUGCGCUUUGUGUAGAAGGCCUCUUACUACGACUUCAGGAUCAGAUUUUAUGCAUAGAAAUUACUUUCGAUUAUUAGAAAACUCUGAAAAUGUACUUAAUGGGCAAUCUCCUUCUACAUUCGUACAACCAACUAAUUCAACUCAUUCAUUUUCUCCUUAUCCUACUACUUCCUUUCCUGAACCUAUUACUGAAAAUAUUUCAUCACUUUCGGAAAGCUCUUUUAAUCAAGGAUAUUAUCAAAGAUUUUUUAUUGAAGAAAAAAAAUUGGGUAGAGGUUCUCGUGGUUCUGUUUUCUUGUGCAAACACGUAUUGGAUAACGUUCAUCUUGGUGAAUACGCUGUCAAGAAAGUAGCCGUGGGUGAUAAUCAUUCAUGGCUGGUUAAAAUGUUAAGAGAAGUUCAUUUAUUGGAAAGAUUACAUCAUCCGAAUAUUAUAGAUUAUAAACAUGCUUGGUUAGAACAUCAUCAAUUGACAAAUUUUGGCCCACCAGUUCCAUGUUUAUUCAUACUAAUGGAACGUGCUAAUGGUGGCAAUUUAGAAGAAUUCAUUGAUGUUCAACCAUCAUCCACUUUUUCAAUACCAAAAGAUUCUAAUGAACAUCUUACACAUAAAGAACGUUUACUUCAUAAGAAAAGAAUGUGGCAUACUGGUCAUUUAAAUGAACAACCAACUCUUGAUUCUCCUUUACCUUCAAAACGAUUUUUAGACCUUCGUGAAAUUUGUUAUUUAUUUAUGGAUAUUUGUGAAGGUUUGGCUCAUUUACACAAGCAGGGUAUCAUUCAUCGAGAUUUAAAACCUUCAAAUCUACUUUUACAAUAUGAUGAUCCGAAUGAUUUAUCUGGAAUGCCAAGAGUAUUGAUAUCUGAUUUUGGUGAAUGUGAAAUUAUAGACCAACUUACUGAACGUGAUAGAACCGGUGCUACAGGAACAUUAGAGUUUAUGGCACCGGAAUUAAUAACUGUUGAUGAAAGAGGUCGUUAUCUUAAAGAAUAUUCUCAAAAGUCUGAUAUGUGGUCACUUGGAAUGGUACUUUAUUAUUUAUGUUAUUCGAGACUUCCAUAUCGUCAAAAUGAUGAUGUUGAUCUUUUGAAACAAGAAAUUUUACAUUUUAAUUGCGUAUCAUUUCCAGAUAUUGGUAUGGCUAGUAAUCGUAGGAUUUCUAGUCAACUUAGAAGUUUAAUUACAUGCUUACUGUCUCGCAAUGCUAAAAGUAGGCCGUCAUGUGAUGAGAUUUUAAAAUCUGUUGCCGAUAUGCGUUCCGCUUUUGUAACAGGGGAAACAAUUGAUGUAACAACCGAUCCAUUCAAAGUUACUCCAAUAUUAGAAAGUUCUUCAUCUGCAAGUAGUUCUCAAUUGGAACCCGAGAAACUUACUCGAAUUCCAUCAAAUGCAAGUACAAUUGCAUCAAACCUUGAAUCAUCAUCAGAAUCUACAGAUGAUAAUGAAAUAAAUGGAUCAAAAUUAAGAAGACGAAAAAAAAUAAAUGUUGAAACCACUGAUGGGAUACCAACAACAACUAAUAUUAUUAAUUCUACCGUUGAAACCGAUUAUGCGGUUGAACAGGGAUCUUCUAUAGUUAAGUUUUGUUAA